AUGUCCAGCGCCGUUUCUCAGAACGGCUCUUCCACCCUGCGGCCGCGUGCCGUUCCCCUCCCUGAGAAGUCCGAUGUGAGCCUCACCCCGCCGGCUUCUCUGCUGCCCGCAGAUACAAGUGGUCGCUCUACGCCUGUCCCUGAAGAUGCUCCUCCCUCAGCGCAUUCUAUCUCAACCGCCCGUAAGCAGGUGCGAGCUCGGAAUCGCCUGUUUUAUACCAUCGACUAUGUCCCGCGGGUAUCUCACUUCGAUCCAGAUAGCGACUAUCAUAACUUUCGGGGAUUUUUUAUUCUUUUCUGGAUCUCUCUUGUAAUCAUGGUGGUUACUACUGUGCUGCGCAAUAUCAAGGAUACCGGAUACCCGCUGCGCGUGCAGGUGUGGAGCUUGCUAAGUGCCAACGUAUGGGAGCUGGGAGCAAGUGAUCUAGCUAUGGUACUUAGCUCGGGUCUUGUUCUCCCUUUGCAGAAAUUGUACCGCAGCGGUCCACGCUGGAUCCAAUGGUCUCGUGGAGGAAUGAUCAUCCAGAGUAUUGGCGAAGCUAUCUGGCUAGCAGUUUGGAUCAACUGGCCAUUUAUGCGUAUCUGGACCUGGACCGCCCAGGUCUUCUUCACUCUUCACGUCCUCACAAUCCUCAUGAAACUCCACUCUUACGCCUUCUACAACGGUCACCUCCAAACCACCGAACGUCGCCUCGCAGACCUCGACAAAGAAGGAGAAAUCUCUCCUAACGCCCCGGAACCCGAACCCUACCCGGAACCACACCGUCGUCGCCGUCCCUCGAUGAAACACCUCUCGCACGAGGAACUCGAUACAUCAGAUAUAGACUCUCUCACCCGUCUUCGCGAGCACCUAGCUACAGAACUCACAUCCCCACUGGGCAAUAUCUCAUACCCUCAAAACCUCCACAUAGCGAACUACGCAGACUUCCUCUGCUGUCCAACCCUUUGCUAUGAGCUUGAAUACCCUCGCCGACGAGAGCGCCGCUGGUCCGAGAUCUUCUACAAGACUCUCGCUGUGUUCGGUUGCAUCUUCCUUCUCACACUGACAAGUGAAGAGUUCAUUGUUCCGGUACUCAGUGAUGCAAAUGUGCAGCUUCAGGCUUUCCCUAACAUUGCGGAUAAGGCACUCGUCUUGUCUGAGACGAUUAGUAUGCUCUUGUUUCCGUUCAUGCUUACUUUCUUGCUUGUUUUCCUCGUUAUUUUCGAGUAUGUGCUUGGUGCUUUCGCGGAGUUGACUCGAUUUGCCGAUCGCCACUUUUACUCUGACUGGUGGAACUCAUGUGAUUGGAUGGAAUUCUCUCGUGAAUGGAAUGUCCCCGUCCACCACUUCCUCUUCCGCCACGUCUACUUCCCUGCUCGCUCGAACUUCUCAAAACCAAUUGCCAUGUUCAUCACGUUCAUUGUCAGCGCUGUCUUCCACGAACUUGUGAUGGGCUGCAUCACAAAGAAGCUUCGCGGGUAUGGGUUCAUGGCGAUGAUGCUGCAAUUGCCCAUCGUUGCAGUACAGAAGUCUCGUUUCUUCAGGGGACGAACGACCCUAAACAAUGUGUUCUUUUGGUUCUCCAUGAUUUCGGGACUUUCAAUCAUGUGUGUAUUUUAUGUCUUACUUUGA